AUGGCGUACGAAGGCAAAAGCUACGACGAGCUGAUGGAGCAACUCGCCGGUCACGAGAAUGACGCCGAGCUCCUAUGGCGCCUCGCCGAGGCCUGCUACAAAAAGGCCAGCGCCCUCGACACGAAGGACACGAAGGGCCGCUCGAAGUACAUGCUCGAGGGCCGUGACUUCGGGAAGCGAGCCGUCGACGCGUGCCCAGAGGGUAAUAUUCAGGUGCUGAAAUGGGCCGCCAUCCUCGUCGGCAGCUGCACCGACUUCCUGGGCACCAAGGAGCGCAUCGAGCAGGCAUACAUCCUCAAAGGGCUACUCGACAAGGCGCUCGCCCUUGACGCCAAGGAUUCGACCUUGUUGCAUCUGCGCGGCCGGUACGCGUUCGGCAUCGCCAACCUCAGCUGGCUCGAGCGGAAGGCCGCAUCCGCCUUCUUCGCCACCCCGCCCGAGGCCACCAUCGAUGAGGCGCUGGCCGACUUCGUCGCGUGCCACGCCAUCCGGGCCGACUUCAUCGAGAACGACAUCUUCGCCGCCCGGUGCUAUGUGGCCAAGAAGGACUAUGAGAACGCCGUCAAAUUCGCGCAGGAGGCCAUCGCGUUGACGGCCACCGACGAGAGCGAGAAGGCACUGCAAGAAGAAGCGCAGGCCCUCGUCAAGAAGCACGGCAAA